AUGCUGCGUUUGCCAAACGAACUUCUCCUAGCUAUUGCUUCGCAGCUGGAGUCGGAGAGAGACAUCAACGCGCUGGCUCAAACGAACCGGCGAUUUCUUUCUACCCUUGACCCAUUCUUGUAUCGCCGGAAUAUCCAGCAGUUUAACAACUCAGCACUGACGUGGUCUGCUCUCUGCGGCCGAGAACGAACAGUCAAAAAAGCGCUUGACUACAUGUACGGUGCUUUGGGAAUUAGCGGGGCGUUGGUAGCAGCUGAAGGCGGACUCGAUGGAGUAACAAGGCUUUUGCUCUCUUCUUACAAGCCUGAUGAAGAUGCAGAAACUGAACACGUGCACCAAGCCCUGUUCUUGGCCAUAACCAUGGGUUUUGCAUCUAUUGUCAAGCUUCUGUUAGACUCGGGGAAGAUUGAGCCUGGUUGGAGGGAGAGUGAUGGCCAAACGGCGCUAUGCUACGCCGCAUUAUGGAAUGACGCGUCAAUUGUCAAGCUGCUACUUGACGCGGGUGAGGUUGAAGUUGACUCCAAGGAUAAUUAUGGACGAACACCGCUAUCGUAUGCCGUAAUGUCGGGAUCUUAUUCAAUUGUCGAGCUGCUACUGGAUUCGGGGAAAUUCGCAAUCGAGUCGAAGGAUAACGAGGGCAGAACACCGCUAUCAGAGGCUAUCUCUAGGGGCGAUGCAUCUAUUAUCCGGUUGCUCUUUGACUAUCUGGACCCCAAGGCCGAAUCGCAGUCGUUAUUGGACGCGCCGCCAAGUAACACUGAAUAA